CCCGUUCGGUUUGAAAUAUCAGCAGCAGCAUGGAAGGCAUGACAUGAUACUUGACAAGCGAGCCAUGGAAGUGGGCUAAUGGAUUGGGUACAGGAGCUCCGGGGCAUCUUCAGUUGCCUCUCCAUGCCAGAGCUUUGCGCAUGCCGCGCAUGCAACCAGGAAUUCAAGGAUGCCAGCCUGCCGAGGCUCUACGAGCUGCAGCUGGCCUUGUUUGAAACCCGCCAAGCUCCGCAAGAGAGGAGGCGAGCGCUCAGCUCCCUGCGCCUCCUUGAGAGCAGCACGCCGAACGCGGUGAACGCGGGGAAUGCGCCCUGGCUGAUGGGCUUGCUCCGCAAGAGCGGCGAGGUCUUGCUGGACUCCACGGAGCACCGCGUCGUCCGCACCGAAGCCGCGCGGACGCUGCACGAGUUGCUCCUUGCCUUGGACGCCGCACGCGUUGGUCUUCUGGGCGAGGAGCUCUCGGCGGUCGUGCGCCGGGCCGUGGCCGAGGAAGCGGAUCGUUAUGUCCGCCGCGUCUUGGUGGAUGCCGCCACGUCGUUAUGUAAGACCUUCGCCCUGCCCAGCGCAUUUGAAGCUUUGGAGUCCUUGUCAAAGGAUGAGGAUUCGACGGUACGCUCAGCGGCCCACUCGGCAAAGAUCGAGCUGGAAGGCGCCCAUGCGACGGACUCGCUACGUCGAUGACGACGGACUGCGUUCUGUCAUGUGCAGUGCACGUGAUCUUGCGUGGGAGCACGACCGUGAUCUUGCGCUGGAAAACAUUGCAUGCUUCUCAAACCCAAACAAUCCAUGGGACUGGAAAAUUUGCC